CGUGGAUAUUCCCUCCCCUUGCAUUUUACGGCGCAGAUGUUUUAUGACGCCUAUUCUGCUAUCGAAUCAAGGAUGCCACCCUCACUGUGCAGGACGCUCACAUGACAUUGAUCCGCGUUCAUAAUUGCAACGAUGGCUGGCUUGCUGGCCAGCAUGUCAGAUUGCGCGUUUUCUUCUCCGACAGAGUUUUUGAAUCCCAUCCCUUCACUAUCCUCUCGGCACCACCGUCCCAUUCUUGCCUCUCCUCACCUGGGUUCCUUCUCGCGGCACGAAGCGAUGGAGACUGGACGCGGGCAUUGAAUAACUCCCGACAGCAACAAGAACAUUUAAAAAUCAAUGAGAAGUCUGAGGGCGACUCGGGUGCUUUCGUUCAAGUCAUGCUGGAUGGUCCUUAUAGAGGGUCGAGUAUCGAUCUGGGUCUGUACGAAAGCGUGUUUCUUGUAGCCGGUGUGUUAAACUAGGCCGCAGUCAGGAGGAACGAACGACGAGAAUCAAGUUCACCUGGUGCAAGAGCAGUAGAGUAGAAUGAGGUUGUGUUCAGAGGGCAAGUGACCUCUCUCCAUCAGGGGCGUUCGAAGUUGAGUUUCGAGGGGAACCGAAAAUAGGCUCG